GAAGGAAAGAGAGUUCCCAAAUCACCAGGAAAACAGCACAAAAAACGCGCUAAAGUCGCAAGUUGUCGUUGUCGUCGUGGAAAGUCGAAAGUUGUUGUCGUCGUCGUCGUUGUCGUCGGUUGUUGUCGUUUGUUGUUGGUUUCUUAUACCUUUCUUUUUUUUGUUGUUGUCGUUGUCGUUGUUGUUGCUGCCGCCGCCGCCGUCGUCCCGCCGCCGCCGCCGCCUCUGCCGCCCCGCCCCCUUUUCGUCUGUCUGUCUGCGUGAGCGUGUGUUGGUGUGUUGUGUCUGUGUCGCGCAUGUGACCGCCUCAGCUAAACAAGGCUGAAACUUCAAAACAAAUAUUGGAAAAUUCGUAAUGAAAAAGGUGGGCUUGUAAGCCGAAGGAACCGAAUGCAAAUUGAAAACUAAAGUUCGAGGAAACCAGAAACCAAAACAAGGAAGCCAGCCCCUGUCCGUGUGAAGGACCACGUGGGCCUGUGUGCGUGUGUGUGGGUGCGGGGACACCACUACAGCGGCAGGCGAAAUACUUUUUGUGCCAAGGACUUUCUUCGCUCUACCUAUCCCUCUUCCCUUCCACCCUUCGAGGAACAAAGAACAGAUGGAGGAGGAGCGCAGGAAUGAGGCGAUGUGAAGCGAAAGGACAACGAGGACAACAAGGAGCAAAGCCAAGGCAAAACCGGGAGGAGGCCACCAAAAAGGGAGAACAUACAUUUGAAGAAUUUUAAUCGAAAACUGCCAAGAAACAAAUAUAUUUACAAAUAUAUUUAUAUACCUAGUAAACCAAAAACGAACAUACAUUAAUAGAUAUAUAGAUAUAUAUAUAUAGAGAAGAAAUAUGUUAUAUUUACUAUGAAAUCGAGGGGCAUGGAAGCGAUACCCAGAAUAAUAAUCGAUGUAAAUAAAUGCUGCCAAUUCGAGGACACUGCGAAUUAAAACCGCAACUGAGAUGCAUAAAACGCACAACAACAAUAAUAACAAACCGCAACACAUGAAGAAAAAGUUCACUUUACCCGCGACAGCUGCGCCUGCGCCCUAAAAACCACAAAACCUAUCGGUCCGGGAUAUAUAUAUCAGCGAAUAGGAGAGAGAUUGGAGCCGCCAGAAGGGGAUUAUAUAUAGGGCAGAUCCACCACCGCAGCACAGGCAGAAAAAGCGUGCAGAGGGAAAUGAGAUGAAGUGGUUUCAAGUGACCAUAGAUAUGAUUCUUGUGCUUUCAUUUAUAUCAAGCAGCACAGCGAAUCCGGAUGCCAAACGAUUGUACGACGAUUUGCUGAGCAACUACAACAAACUGGUCCGCCCGGUGGUCAAUGUGACGGACGCCCUCACCGUUCGCAUCAAGCUGAAGCUGUCCCAACUGAUCGAUGUCAACCUGAAGAACCAGAUCAUGACCACCAACCUGUGGGUGGAGCAGUCCUGGUACGACUACAAGCUCAAGUGGGAGCCCAAGGAGUACGGCGGCGUCGAGAUGCUCCACGUGCCCUCCGAUCACAUUUGGCGUCCGGACAUCGUCCUCUACAACAACGCCGACGGCAACUUUGAGGUGACCUUGGCCACCAAGGCCACGCUGAAUUACACGGGACGCGUCGAGUGGCGACCGCCGGCCAUUUACAAGAGCUCCUGCGAGAUCGACGUGGAGUACUUUCCCUUCGACGAGCAGACCUGCGUGAUGAAGUUCGGCAGCUGGACCUACGACGGCUUUCAGGUGGAUCUGCGGCACAUUGACGAGCUGAACGGCACCAAUGUCGUGGAGGUGGGCGUGGAUCUGUCCGAGUUCUACACAUCCGUCGAAUGGGAUAUCCUCGAAGUUCCUGCAGUGCGGAAUGAGAAGUUCUAUACGUGCUGCGAUGAGCCAUAUCUGGACAUCACCUUCAACAUCACGAUGCGCCGCAAGACCCUUUUCUACACGGUCAACCUGAUCAUCCCCUGCAUGGGCAUCAGCUUCCUCACCAUCCUCGUGUUCUACCUGCCAUCGGAUAGUGGCGAAAAGGUCUCAUUAAGCAUAUCCAUUCUGCUGUCGCUCACUGUGUUCUUCCUGCUCCUGGCGGAAAUCAUUCCGCCCACAUCGCUGGUGGUGCCGCUGCUGGGAAAGUUCGUGCUCUUCACCAUGAUACUGGAUACGUUCAGCAUCUGUGUGACGGUAUUGGUGCUGAACAUCCACUUCCGGUCGCCACAGACCCACACGAUGGCUCCUUGGGUGCGGACCGUGUUCAUCAACCAACUGCCCCGCUUCCUGGUCAUGCGGCGUCCGCUGUACCCGAUCAGCGAGAUGAUAAAAUCCUCGCGCCGCCUGAUGGUGCGCACCUGCAACGGACUCGAACUGAGGGAUCAAAUACCACCGCUGCCACCGCCGGUGGCCUUGUCUCGCAUGCACCACAGCCCGAAGACGACAUCGCGGAGCACCUCGCCCCACCUGCAGCACCGCGUGCAGACCUACAACCUGAUGGACGAGUGCAGCAUUGGCAUGGGCGGCGGCAUGGGGGGAGGAGGAGGUGCCUCGACCAUCACCGGCCACCUGAGCUCCCUUUAUCCGCCGACCAUGUCGACGGCCAACCAGCAGACCUCGACCACAUCCUCGCUGAUCGAUGCCCAGUACCACAAUCAGUACCAGCAGACGGGUGGCUCGCUGCUGGACCACCCCCUAACGCCCACCAAAUUCCGCCAGAUGACCUCGACCUCCAGCCAGACGGGUCAGAAUGGUAAUGGCAGCGGGAAUGGCGGCGGGUACGGGGGUCAUAACCAGAGUGGGGGCGGGGCUGGGGGUCACCUGUACCGACAGCAGUCGAGCUGCUCGGCAAACUUCUCGCCACUGCCGCAGCACGCCCACCAGGCGCACGCCUCCACCACCACCAGCGAUCUGGGCAUGGCCAAUCCGAAUGUGAUAAAGUCCACGACGACGGUUAACUCGGUGGCCACCGCCUCGACGCUGGCGGAGUCCUGCUGCAGCGGCACCAUCCAGAUCCACCAGGGCAUGGGCGCCGGGGCCGCUUGCCAGUCGUCGGAGCUGCUGCACCACCAGCAGUUGCACCACCAGCAGAUGCACCACCAGCAGCAGCAGCAGCCGCACCACCAGCGACCCACCACCUCGGCAGCGGCGGCAGCAGCAGCAGCGGCAGCCGCCGGCGGACCCAGCACCUCGGCAGCGGCAGCAGCUGCGGCGGCGGCAGCGGCGGCCGGAACGCCACCCCCACCGCCGCCGCCGGCCUGUGAUAUACUGCCCGCCUGCCAGCGCGAGGGCGGGCCGCACUGCUGCUCGGGGCGUGGCAAUGUGCGCCAGCGGUGGCACACCUGCCCGGAACUCCACAAGGCCAUGGACGGGGUCACCUACAUCGCGGAUCAGACGCGCAAGGAGGAGGAGAGCACAAGGGUGAAAGAGGACUGGAAGUACGUGGCCAUGGUGCUCGACCGCCUGUUCCUGUGGAUCUUCACAAUAGCCGUGGUCGUCGGCACCGCCGGCAUUAUCCUGCAGGCUCCGACGCUCUACGACACCCGGAUGCCCAUCGACAUAAAGCUAUCGGAGAUCGCCUCGACGACGGCCAAGCCCAAUGUGGCCAGGCCCGUGUUGUAAGCGGAUCGAUAAGUAUCGAUCUAUCGCUCGAUCGAUAUCCAGUAUUCCGGCGAACACACACCACACACAGUCUGAAGAAGCCAACAAAAGCAAAACACAAGUAAUGAAUGAAAUUCGCAUUUGUUUUUUCUUUAACCAGAGAGAGAGGGGAUACAACAAAAUAAAAAACAAACAAAAAAAAAUAACCACAAAAACUUGUUCCAAAAAUAACAGAAGCGACGAGGAGAAUCCAAGUAACUAUAACUAUAAUAAAUUGUAUUUGUUGUAUACAUAAAUGGUAUGACUAACUAUAAAUAAUUUGUACACUAAUGUUUAAACAGGCAAACGAUGCUAAACAAAACGGUUUUUUUUCUAGGCAACGUAAAUGAACAGAGACAAAAGUGACGAAACAAAAAUAAAAACAAAAUAAUUAAGUAAACCAAUUCAACUGAAAUGAAGCGCAAAAUAGUAUGCAACAGAUAAAUAAAUACAAUUUAUGGUAAUAAUUGAGAGCGAAAUUAAAUUAGUGAAAUUAAACUAGCCUAGCCAAACAUCAAGAAUAACGAAAAAAAUAAGAAAAAAAAGAAAGUGUAUUUGUUGAACAAGAAAACCAAGAGAAGGAGAACAACAUUAGUUAGCUAAGCGAACCAAAAUAAAGGAACAGGAAAAAAGCCAACAAAAAAGGCAUAUGUAUGUAUUAGUAUGUAUGAGUGCACCGAGAGAAAAGCGGGUGAAAGAAAAGGAAAAUUUGUGAUUUAAGAAAGUUGUCUUCUGGAAGUUUUUAGACCAGGAAAUGGUAUUUCUUUUGCAGAUUUAGUUCAACAUUACUUACUUUUGGAAACAUAAAAUAAUUUCUUAAAGGAAAGUCUUACAAAAUAUUAAUUAUGUUUUUAGUUUUCCUUGAAAAUAUCAAGCUAUAUUGAAGUUAACAAAAAUCGUAACCUAUUUUUAAAUUUAUAAUAAAUCAUUUUUUGUUUGAACAACAUAUAAUAGUAGGAUUCUUGCCGAGAAGAAAGCCUUCCUAAAUUAUGAAUUCUUCAACUGGAUUCUUUUUCUCCGCGUGCAUGAGUGUGUGUUGCCGUAUGUGUGUGACUGCAAAUGAGGCAUGCAAAUUAGUGCAAAUAAACCGGGAGAAUGUGGAAAGAGGAAAAUGGGGGGACCCCCGUAAAUGAAGCCCCCAGGCCCCGGAAAAUCCGGAUAACCCCCUGCCCCCCUCCACGAUUUCGCCUUGGGGCAAUUAGUUAGCACAAAGCUUUAGUUAUUAUGCCCAAGUGUACGCGUGUUGGUGCGAGCGCAUGUGGUUGCAUAGUAAAUAAUCGCCAUUAGAAAUUCAAAUUCAAUUUUGGCGCUUGCACUGCCUAAUUGGCAAAAAACGCGCCCAAGUUGCUCACGUUUCUUUCAGCCGCCCAAUUAACAUCUUCCCCACACUCAUAAUUUAUGCUAAUUUCCAGUUGCAUAAUUCACUAAAAACAAAAGAAUAACAACAGGGGGAAGCUACAUACCUGCCAAAUAAAAAAGGCAAAGACACCAAAAGUUUCCUUGGCCUUCGCAUUUUUUUGCUGCUGUUAUAUGGCGAUUGCUUUAUUUGCAGCCCCGUUUAUUUGCCUUACACUUUUUAUUGCUCAUAAAAUCAAAUGAUGCCUGAUUAGGGGGAGCCAACACAAAAAACAACAACAGAAAGGACAUAGACAGCGGGGAAUUCCCCUUUUUUCUACCAAACAAAAAAGCGGAAAGUUUAAAAAUGUACGCAGCUUAACAUAUUUCUGUUAACUGGGGAAAUUUUAACAGCCGACAGGUGACAGGCGUUUCUUUUUCGAUAUUGCGGCGAGGAAAAAGGGAUAUUUUCUUAUUGAUUUGUGCAAAAAAUUAAAUUAAUAGAUACAUUUGCUGAAAACUUUAAAAAAUAAUAGUUGAAUACUUGUAAAUUUUUCUUAAAAAGAAAUCAAAAUUAUAUUAUAAUUGUUUUAUUUGAAUACAGCCUAAGUAUAUAUUUGUUGUAUAAAUAUUCCAACUUACAAGUACUAACCUUAAAUUUUAAAUUUGUUAUAUUCCAUUUCUUAGUUUAAAAAAAACCCCAAUUUGGAAUGCUUAUUGGUUGGGAAAACUGUUAUAUUUCACAAAUGUUUAAAGAUCAUAUUAUUCAAAAUGUAUAAAAAUACUUUAAUUUAUUUUAAAGAUUUAUUAAAAAUAGUUUUUUUGAUUGAUUUCUAUUUUUUGUUCGCCUGGCCCGGAAUUAUUGCCGAUGCCAACAAAAACCACAAUGCGUGUGUCGUCACAAGCAAGUGUCAAUCACAGUCACCGCACUGUAAUUGUUCCCGCCACGCCCCCUGGACCACCACUCCCCCCUCCCCUCCCCCUUGCCCUGCCUACAACCCCCGCCCAUAUCACACACACACAACACUUUUCCAGUUUUUAAUUAAAUGAAAUGCAAGCGAAGAGUUAUUGCAGACAGUGUGCCAGAGGGAGAUGGGGCGAUGAGUGAAAUGCACACAAAAUGAAAAGCCAUUAACGAAAUAUUAUAUCUGAAGAUGGAGGGAGUGGCGAUGUCAGCUGAAUCCUGUUUGGGAUAUAAAAACCGCACAAAAUUCACAAGUAUUUAUGCACAGAAAGAAAAUUGAUCUAAAAAGUGAUCUCUAUAAUAAGGCAUACUGAUAAAUACAAUACUUUUCAGAUACAAAAAGAAAAGAUCCUUUGCUUCGUUAUUAGUGUUUUUAUAAUAUUUUAAAAAAGAAAUUUUUUAAUUUGAUCUUAAAAGUGAGCUUUAUAAAAAGCAUAGGCAUAAAUCCAAUCCGUUUAUAGAAAAUUAAUCUUAAAAGUAAUCUCUUUCAAAAGCCAUAUGCAUUAAUGAAAUCCAUUUAUAACCUCUCAAUUAAAAAAGAUUCUUUGCUCCGUUGUUAGUUUUUUUAAAUUAUUUUACCAAAAUAAUUGAAUAAUUUGAUCAUAAAAGUGAUCUUUAUACAAACCACAAAUCAUUUAUAGCCCCUUGGAUACAAGAAAAAGAUACUAAGAAGUUUUUAAAAAACAAGUAACACCAAUUCUGCGAAGAGCUAUAAAUUAUUUUAAAAAGUUCCAUAUUUAUUUAUAACAUAUUAUCAAUUUAAGGAACCAAACAGAUCUCUUGAGAACCUUUUAUUUUACGAAACUGUAGAGCAUCUUUACCUUUUUUUUCCCCUGUAUCUUUGAUGGUAUUUAAGCACAAGCCAUUUAAUGGGUUACCCCCGAAAUAUAGCGCGUCCGAAGUGAAGGAGAAGUAAAUCUGGCAUGGGGGCAGUUGGAGACCGCAAAUCAUAAUUGUUGCGGACACACAAGACACAAGAAAAGCAAAUAAUGGUGGGGGAUGUGGGGUUUUGGGAAUUCAGGGAGUUUUGUGGCGGAGUGGGUGUGGAUGGGGGUGGUCAACUCCUCCCCAAAGCCGUAACAAUGCAAACUGUGUGGCCACACACACACACAAAAAGGACAUUAGCCCUGCUCCUUUCUGCUUCUGGCUGUUGCUUUUGCUUUGCUUAUGCUUUUUCCUUGCUCACACUAUUGCUUUGUUUCAUUCAUUUAGACUUGUUUUCCCUUUUUUGUACUUUUUGGCCGCCGAUGAGCGAUGCGUAUCAGCAGCGAACGUGGCCAAGAAUUCGGUCUAUUUGUUUGUUUUCACUCCUGCGGCCUAAAUGUAUUUACAGUGGAAUGUCCCUCGAUGGCAAGCAAAAAUUAAGUUUACCAGUUCAUAACCGAUUCGCAGAAAAAAACCGAUCUCUAACCGUUAAAUUGAAAAAAUCCUGCUAUAAGCUCUUUAUUUUUUAGAAAACAACCGUAACCGGUGUGAACAUGAAUAAUUCAAAGCUUGUUGAACUAUUUAAAUCAAUGCAAUCCUCUUGAUUUUCCAAAUCCUUUUUCCCCAAACCAUUCCAUUUAAAUUCCAAAUUAAAGCUUAGCCCUGUUACAAAAAAUAAAAAAACCCCAUAGCUAAAGCCUAUUGAUAGAGCCGAAAUAAAUAAAUAAAAAACGAGGCAAUGGCUUAGCCGGAAAUAUCCAUCAUUGAGCAUUUCCCACUGUACCGGCAUUUUAUCUAUGGGCCCGAGUUUCGCGUGGAAACUGCGCCCCCGAACGCAGCGGGCAAUACAAAAGCAAUCAUAAAGUUAUAGCCCGGCCGAAACAGUCGCUACUCCGCGGUACUUCCCCUCGGCCAGUUGGCCAUUUCCACUGCCGUUCCCGGUUUUCGGUCCAGUUGCUGGCCAAAAACUCGGAGCAGAAACCAACUUUACACCCUUGGGCGACAUUUUCCACCAGGCAGCCUUUUCCGCACCCACAUUCGAAAAUCCAACCAACACCAUCGCUCUAAAACAGUGCUGAUUGCUUGUCUAUUUUUCAGCAGACUUGUUAGGAACCCCUAGAACAAGUAUACGGAAUUUCGUUCUAUUUAAUACUUUUUAUUUUACUUUUAACCAUUGAAGUAUUAUUAAAACGUAUUUAAUUUCAGUUUGAUAUUGUUAAAAUUAUAUUAUUAUAAUAAUUCAGUUUGAUAUUGUAAGAAAUGCAUUAUUAUAAUAAUUUAGUUUGAUAUUGUAUGAUAUGUAUUAUUAUAAUAAUUCAGUUUGGAAAUUUUUACAAUAUUAUAUUAUUUUUAAUAUUUUUAAGCUAAAUGGGCUUAUUAAUGGUCAAAAAUAUUUAGAUAAUAAAUAUUUAAAACAUUUUAUUAAGCGCAUUUUAUUUUUAAUUUAAAAAAAUAUAAAUAUUAUUUUAUUUACUGUUCAAUACUGUUCUUUUAUUUAAAUUCUUAAGAAUUAUUUGGGUAACACAUGGAUUUGCUUUUCCCAUUUUUAGCAAAAUUAAAAAUAAAUAAAUUAAUUAAAAAUGUUUAGCCAAUUGUUUUGGUGGCGAGCUUAGAGACCUUUAUACUAUUGUUUUUUCUUGAAUUUUCCUAUAUAUAUGGCUGGCAUCACUGGUCCCCGCCCACAACCUCCGAACACGCUUUUCCUUUCCCCAUUUUCCCGUUCCUCAUAUCAUUUAAUGUCCUAUCUAUGUUUCUGGUUCUGUUUUCGCCCACCUUUUUGGCUCAAUAAGAGCGGCGAAUUUAUUGCUUGCUAAUAGGAAAACAGCCUCCCCCUGGACUUUUCCGCAGAACCUCCAUUUUCCGCAGACCCUCUACCAAAAAAAAAAAAAAACACUGGUCAGGAGGACAAAGUUUGUCGACAUUUUCUGUUUCUCCCCUAGAGCCAAGGAAAAAUAUGUUUUCAACAUAAUUUCAUUCAUUAUAUUUGGAUUGUUAUUGUUGUUGCUUGGCUGGCCGUUGCUGCUGCUCAUUUUCAGCAGGCUCAUUAUCGGCCACGCCCCCAAAAGCACACACACACACACACACACACCUUGGGCGGGCAUUUUGGCUAAUUUGAAUUUGAUUUCAUUCGGAAAGUUUGCCGUUUUUGGCAUUUGUUCCAUGGCGCUGUUUUGAUUCGUGCGACAAGUGCAAAUGAUUGUAUUCGUGAGUUGAUUAAUUGAAAAUGAAUGCGAGGCGGGGGGAAAUUGAUUUUCUUUUCUUUCCGAACUUGGCAAAAAUACAACAUUUCUGACCCUAUUGAAUUAAAAAAAAAAAAAUUGAAAGAAAAUUAUCUCUAGCGAAAAUAUGAAAUAUAAAAGUCGUUUAUCGACUUUAUUUUCAAUUUUUCCUUUUUUUCAUAACCAAAAUUCAACGAAAACAAGGAUAGAACAUUUUUGGCCCCGAAGAAUUUUCCUAAAAUUCGCCAAAAAACAUCCUUAGCACAAAUGAAACGAACCUCUAAGGUUUCACAGGAAUAAAAAAUAUAGAUGUUCCAUAUAGGGACUUACGGCCCAAAAUCUUUCCGAGUGCAUGAGUGUGCGUGUGUGUCAUAUAUAUCACUAGUCACUAAAAAAAAAAAAACAAGAAAAAUAUGGGAAAAAACAGGCGUUGAAGAAAACUUAAAUAACACAUAUUUAUAUGGAAAAUUGGAGCAAACAACGGAAAAUCAACUCAAGAGACAGAGAAACAAAAGUGUAAAAAUGUUGGGAUAUUUUUUACAAAACAAAUUGGGCAGCACUAACGAAAUGCCAAAGGGGUCAAAGGGGUUAGACUUCGGACACAUUGAUUAAACUCGACUUUUUGGGGUCGCUACCAUUUGCCACAAGACAUUGUGAGCUCCAAACAGUUUAUACAUAAACGCAUAGAUAUAUAAAUAUAUAUAUAUAUAACGAUAUUUGGGAUCGGGGGCAUUGUGGGGCCGGCGAAACUAACACUAAAAUUAUAAACGGAAAAUAAAUCGCAUAAAGGAGGACAUUUUUUUUAGAACGUACCUUUAACAGAACGAUUGAGAAGCGUUCACGCAGAACAACUAACACUAAUUUUAAAGCAUACAUUUAAUGGUAAAAUUAACAUUAACAUUAAACUAAAACUAACAGAAGACAUUGGAUAAGCGAUAUACACAGCAAAGAAAAGAAAAAAUUAGCAAAAUUGUUUAAAAACGAGCGAAGCAAAACCAAACACGAAUUGAAUUAACUCUUAAGAACAUAACAAAAAUUAAAAAAAAAAACAAAAAAGGAACAAGACAUUAAGAAAAGAUAUUUAAAGAAAGAAAGCAAAGAAAAAAAAACUAUAAAAUUAUACGAUUUACAACACUAAGAAAAACAAAUAAUUGUAAAAAUAGAGAGAACUUUUUUUUGCUCAAAGCCAGGGGGCAAAUCCCUCACCCUCAUUCACUUUCCCCAAGAAAUUUAAAAACACAAAAAUAAAAUAUAUUUCGCGGCACGUAAAAACUUGUUCGUCACGAAAGUAAGCCACAAAAAUCCAACACAAAAACAUUUUCUAAACAACAAAUUUGCAAGAAUUGGCCAACCCAAAACCAAAUAAUGUUUAAAAUUAAACUAAAACCAAAACAACACGCAAGUAAAACCACAAAAAGAUAAGAAAAACAUAAGAAAUUAUAAUGAAAACCAAAACUUAGCUUCUAGUGAAAGAAUUUUUAAAACCAAGCAAAAAUGAAACGAUAGAAAAAAAUGCCCCAGAAUUCAAAAUAAGGAACCAUGUUAACAGGACGAGGAAAGCUAAAUAUAUAAAUGGAAUUAUGAGAUCGGCUAGCCGACGCUGAAAUACCCUUGCAAUUGAUUACAAAAGUUUGAAAUGAACAUAAUGAAAAUAGAUAUUAGAUACUACCUUUAAAUCAGAAUAAAAAUCACCCUGCAACUCUGAAGUUUUUUUAAAAUACGUUUGAUAAUAUUAUUUAUAAGAUAAAAAAGUUGCAUUUCCGGAUGUAUGAAGUUUUUUUUUUAUAAAUUUAAAACUUAGUUUGAUAAUUAAAACAAAUACGUACAAAUCAUUUAAACUCUAAGCUUUUAAAAUGCGAAUUCCCGAAUGGAAGAAAACGAUUUCUACAUUUUAUUACGCACAACCUUGAAUUAUAAUAAACAAAAUGUAUAUCAAUAAGAAUUUUUUCCUGGGGCGAUUUUUAUUCCGAUUGCAGAAAGUUUUGUAAGAGAAUACGAUUGCAAGGAUAUCGAGUAAAAUGUUUCUAAGGAAGUGAAGCGAACACUGAAACCAAAUGAGAAACCGAAAUUUAACUAGAGAAUUCUUUUCAAAUAUCAAAUAAAGCAAGAACAUAAAUAAUAUAAUAUUUCAGCCACGAAGGGAAACCCUAAUAAAAUUAAGAAGUAAAUAAAACGAACGAAGGCAACCAACCAGUAACAACAACACACACAUUUCAAU